AUGUAUUUUAUAAUAUUUGUGGUGUCGGUUGUUUACUUGACGUACAAGUUAUUUACAGCUGUCUUACCACAUCAUUUGUUGGUUCCAAGUCAAUCUUGGAAGGAAAAAAUCACCAAAGUAAUUGAAUAUCCCAAACCGAUUUAUUUGGAAGUUGGGACCAAGAGAUCAAGUUAUAGAAGACGAUUGAUACUUGCUAGCAAAAAUCCAUCAUUUUACACAAAUUUUAGAAAUAACAAGUUGAAAAUCAAUCCUGAGGAUUCCAAAGAUGGAGAAAAUUUCUUGAAUGAAAUGAGAAGAAGGGAUGCCCACGAUCCUAAACGUAGGGUGAUUUACGGGUUUUUCCAUCCGUAUGCAAACAAUGGUGGCGGAGGUGAACGUGUAUUAUGGCAGGCUAUAAAGGCAACAUUAUUGGCUGAUGAUAAAAAUAUCUGUGCCAUAUACACCACUAACAUUGAAGCAGAACCAUUGGAUAUCUUAAACAAAGCAGAAAACAAGUUUCAAAUUGAUGGUUUAGAUCACUCUAGAAUUGUUUUUAUCUAUUUGAGAAGAUUCAAUCGUUUGAUUGAUGGUGCAUACUGGAAACAUUUCACGUUAAUUGGUCAAUUGUUCGGUACUGCCUUGUUAACUUUCGAAGCUAUAUUUGAAUUAGCUCCUGAUGUAUGGAUAGAUACCCAAGGUUUACCAAGUAGCUACUUGUUGGUAUCUACUUCUUUAAAAAUUCCAAUUAUGGCCUAUACUCACUAUCCCAUUUUACAGCUGGAUAUGUUUGGUAAAUUAAAAUUUCAAAGGUUUGCUGAUUUGAAGAAGUUCAGUAUUAUCAGGGUUAGAGAUUACUUGUCAUUUGGAAAACUUGUUUAUUGGUCUUUGUUGUACUACUUUUAUGUAUUUCUUGGAACCAAAGUAAACAUUGCUUUAGCUAAUGGAAGCUGGACGUAUGAACACUUGACAAGAAUCUGGACUUUCAAUCCAGCUUUUGGUCACAAAUUAGAAAUCCUAUACCCACCAUGUGGUACCGAAUACUUGACUGCAAACAUUGAUGUGACCAAACCCAGAGAAAACAAAAUGUUAUACUUAGCCCAAUUUCGUUCAGAAAAACGCCAUGAUUUGUUAUUGCUGGAAUAUGGAUCUUUCUUGAAGAAGAACUAUCCAGGAGUAACAAAACCUACUGAAGAAAUCCCAACCAUUGUUUAUGCUGGAUCGUGUCGUACUGCAGAUGACACAGCUACCUUAAAGUCUUUACAGAAGCAAGUUGAUGAUUUGGAAUUGACCGAGUUUGUUACAUUCAGAGUUGAUAUCUCCUAUGACGAAGUGGUUGAGCUAUUGUCCACCUGUAAAUUUGGUCUUAAUGCUAUGUGGAAUGAACAUUUUGGAAUUGGUGUGGUUGAAUAUAUGGCAAGAGGGUGUAUUCCAAUAGUUCAUGCAUCCGCUGGUCCAUUGUUAGAUAUAGUUGGUAAUGACCAAUUGGACAAUUGGAACUCAGAAACAGGAUUUUUCUUCAAAAGCUACAAUGACCCUGAUUUGGACAAAAGUCUUCAGGAGAAGGUUAUCAAUGGAUUUGUUGCCUAUGAAUUAAAUGGACACAUCAUCAAUUAUCCGACAUUUGCAUCCUUGUUAACUGAAAUAUUUGUCGUUGAUAGAUCUUUCAUUAGUGAUGCAAAACUAAUUAAGAUGCGUCAAAAUGACCAACAACUCGUAAAACAGAAGUUUUCCAACAAGACAUUUAAUGAAUCCUGGAUUCUGUAUAUUAACGAAUUAGAUGCCAUGGAAAAGGAUUUCAGAGAAGAAAACAGAUCUAAUGUUGAAAAGGUGUUCUAG